AACCUUUCUCUUGUCUCCGUCCUUUCCAGAAGACCCACCUCCGGCCGGCCUCAGAGCGAGCGAGAGAGAGAGAGAGCGGCCAUGGCGGGGAAGGGGAGCAAGAAGGACAUCGAUUCCGUCCUCAUGCAGGCCAUGCUGGCCGCCAAGACGGUGCGGGCGCAGCGCGACCGCCUCCUGCAGCUCCAGCACCGCCUGCAGGACCUCCAGGCCGACGCCGCCCCCGCCCCCGCCGACGCCGACGCCGACGCUAAGCUCGGGGAGCUCGCCUCCAACCUCUUCAAGGUCUACUACAUCGGCCUGGAGGCCGGCGCCCGCAUGCUCACGACCUGCAUCGAGAUCGCCGCCAAGAAGGGCAUUCACUUCUCCCCGCCCAACCUGGCUUUCGCGGUCAUGCCCGACGAGCAGCUCCACGACGCGCUGCUCGCGCAGCAGUUCCCUGCCCGCCCCAGGUCCCAGGCCCAGGCCCUCGACCGCGUCAUGGCCGCCGUCUUGGCCAUCAAGCUGCUGGAGGAGCACCUCCUCCCGCGCUGCGUCGAGUGCCUCGCCGGCGGCAAGGCCCCCGUCCCCGGCAAGACCCCCGACUCAUCCUCGCCCGACAGCAGCCCGGACAGGGACGACGACACGGACCCGGUCGCCGCCGCCACCGAGGCCCUCGCCAAGGUCGACCUCUCCGACGACCCGGACGCCACCGCCACCGCCAAGUCCGGCUCCACCAAGCCUCGUCAGGCAGCCAGAGGCGGCGGCGGCGACGUGGGCAAGUCGCUCGACUACCUGUACCGCGCGUGCAGGAUCGCGGGGCUCGCCGUGAAGCACAUCGACGUCGCCGUCGCCGUCCUCUCCCGCUUCACGGAGCCCAAGAAGCUCGCCAGCCUCGCCGAGUUCUGCGACGACUACGCCUACAUCUCCGAGGAGGGAUUCUAUCUAGCAUCCGAUUGACUACUUCACCUGAUCGAUCAAGCCAUGCUCUCAUUAUCAGUCUUUUUAUUUUAGUUUAUCAUGCAGGCUUGUGGUUUCAGUUCAGUUUGGUCAGUCUUCUAUUUGUAUUCAGUUUGGUCAGACUUGUGGUUCCUGGGCGGCCGUGGCUAUCUAUUUCAGCUUCAUCAAUUAGGGGUAAUCAAUGUAGUAGUGUAAUGUUGAUUUGCACCUUAUCUUAUCUGUGGGACGAAUGAUCGAAUCAAAUUGCAGGAGCUAUCUUAAUUAGCUUCAUCUGUUUGGAUCAUGUUUCAAUCAUAUUAGUUGCAAUGCCA